AUGUCUGAGCAGACCUACCACACCACCCGCCAAGACUUGCGCAAGGCCGAGUCUCGUGUCUCUCAGCAGCACGGCGGAAAGACCCCCGCUGAUUCUGAUGUCUCCCAAAUGAAGUCUAUCAUCGACCAAAACACCAACAAAUCGAAGCAGAUCGACGAGACCAAGGCCAACUUGCCUCUGCCAGAGGACCCUCCAGUUGCAAGUGACUGGAACUCCUCCGAUCAGCGAACCGUCAAUGUGGGCUCCGGUCGUCUUGAAGGUCCUAUCUCCAACGGUGCCGAUGACGCCUUGCGUGGGCCAUCUACAGCCACCAGCAGCGUUCGCGUGGAUGGGGCCGAGCUGCACAAGAACACCGCACCUCAAUAA